ACCUCUGGUAGCACAGGCUCUUUCCUUUGGUCCAGUGCUGCUGUCCUUUGACCAGUCAUGAUCCUCCAGGCUGCUGCGCUCGGUGUCUUCUUUUGCUCAGUGCAGAGUUUCACUAUACAGGGUCCUUUUGAAAAUGGCGAGGAGUACUCUGGCCACAGCGUUGAGGAUGACGAGUUCAGUGUCUCUACGCUGUUGGAGAAGGCCAAUGUUAAUGUUGGAAAGAACCUCGAUGAGCCCCUUGUGAUGUUCGGUGACAUAGCGGUGCCUACGGGUCUGCAGAACGCUGAUCCCUGCGUUGCACGAGGUUGCCUGUGGCCCAAAGCCACUGAUGGCAACGUCUACGUGCCCUACCAGAUCUCCACUAGCUUUAGCCAAAGAGAGAGAAACACCAUCAUCGAAGGUCUGCGUUCAUUUUCUGCGUCCACCUGCAUACGCUUCACCCCACUCAAUGGACAGCAGGACUUUGUGGACAUCCAGUCGCUCUCAGGGUGCUUCUCCUUUGUUGGACGUCGCGGUAGAGGCCAGGUAGUGUCUUUGAGUCGCCAGGGAUGUGUUUUCCAGCAGAUCAUCCAACACGAGCUGCUGCACGCCCUGGGCUUCAACCACGAACAGACCCGGUCCGACAGGGACCAAAACGUUCGCAUCCUGCUGGAGAACGUUAUUUCUGGAAUGGAAUCCAACUUCAGGAGGAUCGAAACAAACAACCUGGGCACUCCUUAUGACUACAACUCGGUCAUGCACUAUGGAAGGUUCGCCUUCUCCAAGAACAGAAUGCCGACCAUCGUUCCCAUCCCUAACGCCAACGUAGCCAUCGGCAGGGCCACCGAGAUGAGUCCCAUAGACAUCCUUCGGGUGAACCGUCUUUAUCGCUGCAAUUCGACUGCGUUAAGGUCUGACCUGAAACCCAUGCAAAGAAACCAUUUCCUCUGUCUACUAAGGAUGGCUCGCAUGUCUGUGUUCAGGUUCUCAGCUGUGGCUCUGCUGCUGCUGGCCGCCUGCUGUUGGGCCGACGAUGAGCUCCAUGCUCAGUAUGUCACUGGUGUAUUUGUCCACAAAGUCAACCUGUGUGCUGUUCGCUCUGCAGAGGACGACUCCGGGGAGCUUUCUGUCUCAGAGCUGUUGGAGAGAGCCAACAGUAACCUGGUCCGCUCCGCCGAUGACCCCGUCCUGAUCGGAGGAGACAUCGCCGUUGACAGCGAGGCCGAGAAGAACGCCGACCCCUGCACCAGCCGAGGCUGCAUGUGGGGCAAGUUCACUGACGGGAAGGUCUACAUUCCUUAUUACAUCACCAACCACUUCUCCGCCCGUGAGGCGGCCAUCAUCACCCGUGGACUGGAGUCCUUCUCUUCCUUCUCCUGCAUCCGCUUCAGGCCAAGCAGAACCACCGACCGCGACUGGCUGCACAUCGAGUCCCAGAACGGCUGCUGGUCCUACGUCGGCCGUCGUGGUGGGAAGCAGGUGGUGUCUCUGGCCCGCAGCGGAUGCCUGUACCACGGCACCGUCCAGCACGAGCUGCUCCACGCUCUGGGCUUCAACCACGAGCAGACCCGCUCCGACAGGGACAACCACAUCAGAGUCAUGCUGCAGAACGUUGUGUCUGGAAUGGAGCACAACUUUAAUAAGAUCGCCACCCUGAACCAGGGAACUCCCUACGACUACGGCUCUGUCAUGCAGUACCACAAGUACGCCUUCUCUAAGAACAACCAGCCCACCAUGGUCCCCAUCCCCAACGCAAACGUGUCCUUCGGCAACGCCAAGGAGAUGAGCCGCAACGACAUCGCCAGGCUCAACACGCUCUACAGCUGCUAAGAAGGCUGCCCAGAUGUCCUGACAGGACGCAGAAGGACCAAGAUCGUCUCCUACUGCUCUCUGAACAGCUGCAGCAGCAGAUGUGAACUCUUUUGCACGUCAGCUAAAGAUCCGACAAUAAAGACACGUUGGACACAG